CUCCUCUUCCUCUUUGUGCAGCGGUGAUGGCACCCAUUGCCGAGCUUUCGUGGUGAACAUUUUAGCUCUUGAAAUCUUAAGCUGGUGCAGUCACAUAUAGUGAGCAAAAAAAAAUCAGUGAAUCAAAAGAAAAAAUAUUUUUUUAGAUAGUGGCAAAUAUUUUUUAGAAAGAAAUUAAUUAUUUAUCAUUUUGAUGGUAUUUGUGGUAUUUUAAGAUAAUAAAGUUUUCGAAAUAAUUAACGAUAAAUCGAAGCAAACGAAUUUGCACUGAUUGAGGAAAAUAUUAUGUUGGUACUAUUGGAAGAAAUAUUUAUUUGAUUAGAACUCGUUAUUUCUGUCAGUGUAGGUGGAAUUAUAACAAUUCAAAUGAAUUGGAAAUGAAGUUUGGGAUAAUUUAAUCGGCAGAUAAACAAGUUUUUUGUUAUGAUAGUUGUAGUGGUUGCUGUUUUGGAAUUUCUGACGCAAGUGGCCUAAACAAUUGGACUAAGUUAUCGCUUAAAUAUUCGAGGCAUUCCAUUUUAUUAUAAGAUAGUGAGCAUUGCAUCAGGUGUUAGGAACAUCACUAUAGGCUCAGUCGAAUUACGACAUUGGUACUGGAGCAGCUCCACAGGUGCAUUACCAUGAAGAUAUUUCUCCUUUUACUCGCCGUGAUGGCUGUCCAUGGAUAUGCGCAGCGGAUAAUAUUCUCUCCCGAAUGGGAAAAAAAGAGGCCAAACAUCAUCAGUCGAUCUAACAUACCAGAUAUGCCGAAUAACUUCAAGUCUCCUUACCCCAGACGCUAUAACAAGGUCGAUUUUGUAUCUCGUGAGAGAGUAGAACAAGCGAUGAACAUAUUCGCAAUAAACUUAUACAAGACUAUGGACACAAAAGCUGGAAAUUCCGUUGUUUCUCCAUACAGUGCCUACCUGGCACUCGCAAUGGCAACAUAUGGCGCCGCCGGAAAAACCAGACGAGAACUGUUGAACGUUUUGCGGUUACCAAAGGAAACCUCCCCCAAUGUCAUAUCACAAACCAAACAAUUUCUCGGAGAAGUACAGGACAGGUUUAUGUUCGCCGGACCAAAAUUACCGUUCUACGUGACAGCGAACAUGGUUAUCGUAAACGAUAGUAUAUCACUGAAGCCUGAUUAUCGAAAUGUUGUUGAAAGCACAUUCAAAUCUUCAUUGGUCAGCGCUAAUUUUGGAAAUCCACAACAGGCCGCAAAUACUAUAAAUAACAAAAUUAGUGAAUUGUCACAUAAGUUCGUAGAGAAAGUCGUUGACGAAGAGGCAUUCUCUGAGGACCCGUCGGUUCUCAUCAUGAACACUGUCUUCUUCUACGGAUUAUGGGAGAAACAAUUUCCCGUGGAAGACACAACAGACCGUGACUUCUAUGUGAAUGACCAAAUUGUCAAAUCAGUACCGACUAUGGCUAUCGAGGAAGAGUUCGAAGUCGGAGAGCUUAGUCGCCUGGAUGCUAAAUUUGUCGUUCUUCCCUAUAAGAAUACCCGUAAUCCUGAGGAUGCAGCCUACAUGUACCUGAUUCUACCAAAUAAGAGGAAUGGUCUAGCGACACUACAAAAGCAAAUUAAUUAUGGGACGCUCAAGGAGUUACAGAAAACCCAAUUGUACUCGACUACGAUAAUGCUGCCCAAAUUCAAGAUCGAGCAACAGUCAUCGUUAACUCAAAAUUUGAUAAAUAUGGGUGUUGCGUGGGCUUUCUCAAAAGGGGCUAAUUUCACGGGAAUAACAGCUGACAUGGAUCUGUAUAUCUCAAGCGUGUCACAGCAAACAUCCCUCACGGUUAAUGAAGCAGGAACUCUAGGACAAUCUACUACCAGUAUCGGGUUCUCUUGGAGGAUCGGGGGAGGCUCAAUUUACAGGUUUGACCAUCCCUUCCUAGUAAUUGUUGCAACCAAAAAGGUCAUCUUAUUCACUGCCAAUGUGGUAGAUCCAUCACAACUAUAGUAAUUAUAAAUGGGAUGACAAUUUGCUAAACGAUAAUGGAUUGUCUUUAAUGUUUGUAAAUUGGACAAAAUAAAUAAGUGAAUUGCAAUCAUCUCUGAGCAUUUUUU